CACACGCUUCUUCUUCUUUCCUUCUUCCUUCCUCCUUCCUUCACAGAGAAGAUAGAAAAGCAAAGCAUGGCUUUUCCAAUGGUGUUUCUGAAGCUUGCCAACUGGGUGUUGUACCAGCUUCUAGCCAACUCAUGCUACAGAGCUGCAAGGAAAGUGAGAAAAUCGUCACAGCACCUUUCUUUGUUUCCCAGCUUGUCAAAAUGCGGGUUAGACAAGAGGGGUUCUCACACAUUGGUCUGUGACAUCCAGGGAACCCUCCUCAGGUCACAAUCCUUCUUCCCCUAUUUCAUGUUGGUUGCCUUCGAAGGAGGCAGCAUUGUGAGAGCUUUUCUCCUCCUCCUCUCAUGGCCGAUUCUGUGGGUGGUGGAUUAUGAGCUUAAAUUGAGAAUCAUGAUAUUCAUAUCCUUCUGCGGUCUGAGGUUGAAGUACAUGGAGAGCGUUUCCAGGACUGUUUUGCCAAAGUUUUAUCUUGAGAAUCUCAACUUCGAGGCUUACAAGGUUUUGGCUUCGACAGGGUCAAAGGUUGUCUUCACAAGUGUUCCCAGAGUUAUGGUGGAAGGGUUUUUGAAAGAGUAUUUGGGUGUUGCUGAUGUUGUUGGGUCUGAGUUGCAGACAGUUGGGAGAUUCUACACAGGUUUGGUGGGUGAGUCUGGUUUGCUUGUAAAGCACCGAGCCCUUAAAGAGUAUUUUGGAGAUGCAAAUCCUGAUAUUGGGCUUGGAACUUUAAGCCUCCAUGACCAUCUCUUCAUCUCCCUUUGCAAGGAGGCUUAUGUGGUGCACAAGGAAGACAUCACAAGCUCAACAAUGAUGCCAAGGGAGAAGUACCCAAAGCCUCUCAUCUUCCAUGAUGGAAGGCUAGCUUUUUUCCCCACCCCAUUAGCAACUCUAUGUAUGUUCAUGUACCUCCCACUUGGAAUCGUCUUAGCAAUUUUCAGAAUCAUUGUUGGAAACUAUCUCCCUCACAAGUUUGGCAUGAUGUUGGGGUUUUGGAGUGGUGUACAUCUUGAAGUCAAAGGACACAAAAUCCCUCCAAAAUCAAAUCAUCACCAAAAAGGAGUUCUCUAUGUUUGCACCCACAGAACCCUGCUGGACCCAGUUUUCCUCAGCAUGGCUUUGGGAAAGCAUUUGACUGCAGUCACAUACAGCCUAAGCAAGAUGUCUGAAUUCAUUUCCCCAAUAAAAACAGUGAGAUUGACAAGAGACAGAAAACAAGACGCAGAAACCAUGCAAAGGAAGCUUAAUGAAGGUGAUUUGGUGGUGUGCCCUGAAGGAACAACAUGUAGAGAGCCAUAUUUGUUAAGGUUUAGCUCUUUGUUUGCUGAGUUAGCUGAUGACAUUGUUCCUGUCGCCAUGAACAGUCAUGUGAGCAUGUUUUAUGGCACUACAGCAAGUGGACUCAAAUGCCUUGAUCCCUUGUUCUUUUUGAUGAACCCUAAUCCUACCUAUUAUGUCCAAAUCCUUCCAAAGCUGCCCAGGGAGCUCACUUGUGCAGGGGGGAGAUCAAGCUUUGACGUGGCAAAUUAUAUCCAAAAACAUUUGGCUGAUGCUUUAGGGUUUCAGUGCACCACUCUUACAAGGAGGGACAAGUACAUGAUGCUUGCAGGGAAUGAAGGAGUGGUCAGGAAACCCUAGUUUGAGAAAUUUUUAUUUUUUUUUUGGUUGUGAACCAUAUAUUUUAUUUUCGACCACAAAACCAUAUAUAUAUUUUUUUUGUUUUUGUGAAUUAUAUGGUAUUUUUGUCA